ACGAGGAAGAUAUCCCGAGGGUUGGGAGAUGGGAUAUAUACCAGAUUUCUGAUUACAUUUGGAAAACAGACAUGACACAGUUUUCGCCAACUCCUAGCUUUGUGGCUGAGUUUUCACAGCUUGAGAAGCAGCUGGGUAUAUCAACCGUGGUACCCAGCAAGGACGACCUGCAAAGUUGGCUGAAAGCGCAAACUAUUGAGAAUAGCCAUCUGAAAGAGCAACUGCAAGAAAAGCAAGCAAUGCUUAAAGCAGUGUAUGCAAUUGCAAGAGAAGGGAUAUCAGAAGGGGACCUUUCAGGAACAGCGGAAUUCAAGGUUCACAAAUUUAGUUGCCAAAUUAUGCAAGCAAUGGGUAUUGAUCCUUACAAAGUGACCCAGGAAGAGUUUAUGCAACAUGAAGAUGAUGUACAUGGAGGUACUGAGCAUGGAGCUACUGAGCAUGAAGAAGAAGAGUUACAAUUAGUUGAGACAGAGCAACAAGGAGAUGGAAGUACUGAGCAAGAGAAAGAGAAAGAUGACGCGGAAACUUCCUUCCAUGAAGAAUUUCCAUGUAUGAGCCUUGCAGCUGGAAAUACGCCAACAAUUCUGCAAGCUCAAACUGCUGCAGAGGGGCACAAAAGACCACUCAGGACAUAUAGUUCGAGUAUGAAGAGUGUGACAACUUGCAAGACUCCACCAAAGAAAAAGCCUGUCGCAAAGCAAAAGCCCACUCCUACAAAUAAUGUUGAUGAGGAGCAGAAGAAAGAUGUUGAAGAGACACCUGUUACGGAUGAGGCACAGAAGAAAGCUGCAGAUGGUGGAGUUGUGGAUGGGGCAGGUGAUGAUGUAGCUGCAAAAGUCAAUGAGGAUACACCUGGAACUUUUGAUGACAGUUCUGCUUCAACACAGUUUGAGGACUCCAUGGUGAUAACUGCUACAACACCGCAAACACAGCCUGACAAUGCUCAGACCUACAGUUUGGUCCAACUAGGAGCUAACCCUGAUGAUAUGACGAAUGUUGAAGUGAGUGAAAUGAUAGAUGAGAUCGUCAGCAACAUUAACAAAACUGAAAAUGGACCCGCAGUGACGGAGAAUGCAGAACCUACCUCAACUGCUACAACGCAGGAAAACGUUUUUAGCCUUGGAUUAGAAAAAACUCCAAAACCUGCAGGAGAGUUACUAAAGGAAGCUGCAAAUACAAUAAGAGAAAGGCAACCAUCAUUAAUACAACAACGUGUGCUGAGGAAUAGAAAAAUCCCAACACAAGAUCUGAAACAAUAUCAAAGAAAUUCAAAGAGGAUUAAGAAGAAAGCUAAUGAAGAAGAAAUGGCCGCAGUUCCAGAAGUAGAAGAAGAUAGAAUGGCUGAGGUUGCUGAAGAAGAUGAUGGAACAAUGAGAAACGAUGUGAAAGGUUCAGAAGUUAUCGAAAGGCUGGAAGGCGAGAAAAAGAAUAAAGUGCUUGAAUAUUUCAAUACUCAUCCGAAAACAGACAUUGCUUGGAUAGAAUGCGACGAAGAUGGUAACCAGAUGUUUGAUAUAUCUGGAGAACUAAUGCUACAGCUUACAAAGAAAGAAUCCUAUUUGGAGUCAGAAUUCAUCGACUUCUACAUUAGCAGAUUGAAGACAAAGAUGAACUCUAACAGCAAGUAUGACAAAGCGAUAUUCCUGUCGCCAAAAGCAUACAUCUCUUACUUGAAGGAUUACGAAGAAUUCAAGAAAUUUUGGAUUCCGAAGCUUGCGAAGGAGUAUGUCAAGUACAAGAACGAUGCAGUCAGACUUUUCGCCCCAAUGUGCAACAAAAACACACACUACACACUGCUGGAGUAUGACUUGAGGAGCUCUAAUCCUUGGUCCUACAUGAACUCGUCAAACGUUAAGGAACUCAAGGGUGAACACCUUCUUCAAGCCAAGAAAUAUGCAUUUGCAAUUACUACAGAACUCAGACUACGCUGUCCUUUUGCUCUUGGGAUGAAUGAAAAUGCCAAGAAUCUCAAUGCGCCCCCACAAGGUACAAUUCCUGACUGUCUUCCAUGUGUAUGCAAUUACAUGAAGAUCAGGAUGAAGAAUAAACCACUUGACAAAAAAUUAACCUCAACUAUGAUGCUAUGGUGGACUGAUAAGCUGAACCGCAUGAGAGGAAGCAUGCUAUACAAGAUUCUUUCGGAUCCAUCUAGAGAUGUGUAAAGCAGUCAUUAGGAUUAGAAAAAAUUCUAUACUCGCAAAUAUGUUGUUAGC